AUGAUGACAACAAUAGAAAAAGAAUCAAUAACAUUAAUGUCAACAACAACAACGACAGAACCAUCGAAAACAAAAAUUAUAGAACCAUCAAGAACAACAACAACAACAACAACAACAAUAAAACCACUAUCAGCAAAUCUACCAGAUCUCAUCUCACUUGAUAGUAUUGAUGGAGUUAUCUAUGGUGUACAUGGUACGCGGAUAAACCAGGAUAGUCAAGCAUCAGAACCUGGCACCUGGUACAAUAAUUAUCAUCAAAGCACGCCACCAGCCAAUGCAUGCGAUGGUGAUACUUCCACGAAGUAUUUACACUUUGGAGCGUGUUCAGAGGGUGGAAAUGAUAUGACAUGUGGUUUGGAUACUGGUUUUUAUCUGGAGUUGAAGCGAGGUGCAGCAGUAGUUACAGGAUUACAAAUUUGCACAGCUGAUGAUUUUCCAGAACGCGAUCCACUUACAAUAUCUUUGGAAGGAAGUAAUCAGUCUGGAGCAGCUCUCACUCUCGGCUCGAGUUGGGCUCUGAUUUACAACGGAGAUAGUGGUCUUGAAACAGAUACUGAUAGAUUCACCUGUGGUAAUGUACAACAGAUCAACAAUUCGAUUCAGUAUAAAAGUUAUCGGUUUCUUGUUUCAAGCAAGCGGGGCCCCGGGAGCAGUGUUCAGUAUUCUGAACUAAAGCUAUUUGGAUACUGA